AUGUCGACGUAUCCGUUACGUGGGAUCCUCUUCUUCCUACGGGACCGGCACCUGUGGCGAUUGACCAUCUACCCCCUUCUCCUCACAGCAGCCGUGGCGCUCGGAGUCUCAAUCACGCUCUUCACCUUCACGGUGCACUGGCAAGAAGAGAAAUUACGCGAACUUGGCCUCUCCAGCUUCUUCGCGGGGCUCGUCGCGCUCCUUUUCGUCCUCAUUGAAGUCUUUAUCGUCACUAUCGUCUACGGCCUCGUGACGCUCGAGUGGUUCAAAGACAAGAUCUUCGCCCACGUCUUGACUCAAUGCGGCCAUCGGGAGCUCGUGGACAACGAGGAGCGCCACUCGCCCUUUCUUCGCGUCAUGACGUCGUGCUGUCGAGUCAGUGUGCUCCUUCGGCUGGGGCUCUUGGUGGUCACGUUGCCGCUGAACAUGAUCCCCGUGCUGGGCAACCUCACGUACGCGUGGCUCAAUGGCACGCUCUUGGCCUGGGAAGCGCAUUUGUACUACUUUGAGAUGAAAGCGUUCGGCUUUCACCAGCAGAAAGCGGUCAUCGCCCAGCGCAGACUCCAAUAUUCAGCUUUUGGCAUGCAAGCCAUGCUGCUGGAGAUGAUCCCGGUUGCUGGCGCGGUCUUCAUGUUCACGAAUGCAGCAGGCGCGGCUCUGUUUGCUGCUAGUAUUGAGAAGGACUUGGGGAAACAAGUCAGUCGUGUUGCUAGUAAGUGGCACAGAAGUGGCAAGGACAAGGCGGUCAAGAAGAGUCAUGUGGAGACCGAGGAGAUGGACAAGGUGCCGCUUGUCAACAAGCCUGGCGCGUACGUGCCGCCUUAUGGCACUACUACAAAGUAA